GGCGGCGGCCGUGGCGGCGCGAGGGCCACGGUGACGUCAGGAGGCAUUGGGCACCAAUUGGACCAGGUCGUCAUGGCGACGGGGCGCGCUGAUUGGGUCGCGUCGAAUAUUAGCUCAUGCUCUGUGUGACAGAGGGUUCUUUUUUGUGUGUGUGGGAGGCGGAUGAGUCCUUAGCUCUGAACAUUUCGGUUAAGAAAUAAACUAAAAUCGAUUUAGAUUCUAUUUGGUUUUAUAACUUAACGGACCAUGUUCACCGAUGAGGUGCAAGAGGCCGUGUCAGUGGAGUCGCGCUGGAGAAAAGCUCCUGAGCUCUGUGACGCAGUUUGUCAAACAGUUGAGGUUCGGCGUGCCGAAGCCUCAGUGCAGAUACGACGUAGCGCGGAGAUCAGUACGCAGACAGAGCUGAACGACGGCCGAGAGCUCCCCGUCCUGGAUCAGAACGUCGAGCCAUCGGUUGAUUUUCCGCGUCUGGUUCGCUUUCUGCGGCAAGUGGAGCCGAUGUUGAUCAGGGAGUUAAACAAGAACAUCCAAAGCCACGCGUUUGAUGGGUUUGAAGUUGACUGGAUAGACCAACCACAGACAGUUUCAUGCUUAUAUACCCUGCAUUAUCCAGAAGCCUGUGAGCGACAGCUACAUGUUACUGGCGUGUCCUGGAAUGCUACUGGCUCUGUUAUUGCUUGUUCAUAUGGCAGGUUGCAGGAUGGUGACUGGAGCACAGAGAAAUCUUAUGUAUGUACUUGGAAUCUGGAUCGUAGAGGAUUAAAACCAAACCGACCAGACGUUGUGAUUUAUGUUUCCAGUGCUGUCUUGUGUCUGGCAUUCCACCCAACUGAGCCUUCUUUGAUUGCUGGUGGACUUUACAAUGGAGAAGUUUUAGUAUGGAACUGCAGUAAAACUGAUGACCCUUUAAUUGCUAGAUCAGGAAUGUCUGAAGAUGCUCAUCGUGAGCCUGUUUAUCAGGUUCAGUGGAACCAGAGUUUGAGUCGCAGUAAUAGAAUUCAAAUUCUGAGUGCGAGUACUGAUGGAAAGAUUAUCAUCUGGGGGAUGGAUGGGAAAGGUCAACUUGUAGUGCAGGAUGGAUUUGCUUUUAUCGUUCAGCAAAUGCCACGCAACGUCAAACUCAAGGUUCGUGGGAACACUACUUUUGGUGUGACUGCUCUCUCUUUCUCUCACCUGGACAAGACUGUAUUUAUUACUGGCGUGGAGGGUGGUUACGUGCUGAAAUGUUCAACAGAGGUUCUGACUCGUGCAACGCUGAGCUCUGGUUCUGUUCCAUUGAAAGCACCGGCCCAAUUUACCUUCUCUCCACACUGUGGUUCUGUGCAUGCUGUUGCUUGCUCACCAUUUCACAGAAACCUUUUUCUCACUGCUGGCACUGAUGGACACGUUCAUCUAUACUCCAUGUUGCAAGCCAAGCCAAUUCUUUCUCUUCAGUUAUCUCAAACAUACCUCUUCAGUGUUUGCUGGUCUCCAGUCCGACCUCUAGUCUUUGCUGUAGCCACAGGAGAGGGAACUGUGCUGAUUUAUGAUCUUGGGCAGAGCUCUCUGUGUCCCUCAAUUUCCAUUGAACAGUGUGCUGAGAACAAACCAGUUUACUGCCUGGCUUUUAAUCCAAAACAACCGCAGCUGCUUGCAGCUGGUAAUGCAAAAGGAAGUGUCAAAAUCUGGCAGCUGAAUGCAGAACUGAUGAAGCAACGACCAAGAGAGAUGAUUUUACUUGAGCAACUUGCUAAUGAAGUGGCAGAUUGACUGACUGAAGACCUGGAGAAUAUUUUCCCCAACUCUAGCAUUUCCAGCUUGUACAUUAUGAACUAAUUCAGCAUAUUUCCUUAAUUUUUAAAUAUUCUACUAUUAGUCCGUAAUACUUUUGUAAUACAAAGUAUUUAAGAAGCAGAACUCUAAUUCCUUAGUCUAGUAUACACAGGUUGCAUCUUGCGAGAAACUGAAUCAGCCUGGUAGCAGCUUUGAAUUAGCUGUUCCCAUCCAGCAUUGUGGAGGAUCACCCAAUCUUCUCUAAACUGCUCAAUUUCCACUUAGUUGCAUGUAUAUCUAGUGAGAGAGACACUAAAGAGGUUUUGCAGGGAUUUGGAGGCUACUGAGGGUGUGGAUCAGGGUAAUCAAGAUCCCUAUACACCUACAUAUUUUUCAUGAGUAGAACCCAGGAAUCCACAUUCAUUGUAGCAACGGUAACCUACACCCCCAAAAAAACCCUGCAGUCACCACUGUGAGGGGGGGAAACACUAUCUGGUAUUAUGAUAAAGGCAGUACUAGUAACAUUUGCUGUCAGUUCAUAGUAAAACUGAAAGCAAUUUAACACAUUGUUUAGUGAUCCAGCUCUUCAAUGUAUUGUGCUGCUUUUCAGUUUUUAAUUUGAUCAGUUUCUCUUGAUUGUAAUAGUGAAACCUGGACUAAAAUACUCAUUUUUAAAUAAUAAUGCUUUUUGACAGGAUGAGUACUAAAUUACAUUUCAAAGUUGUAUUAAGUGAUAAUUUAUUGAGAACAAAUAUCUUUAUUGUAAUUUUCUUGAAUUCAAGAUGUAGUAAUUUUUAUUAAAUACUUGUCCUUAUUUGUGUAUUUUCUAAGCUUGAACUUUUCAAUACAUAAAAAUAGCAAUGAUUGUGGUUUUACUGGUUAUUUGUGUUUCAAUCAGAUUGGGUGUUAUUCAACCGCAUGACAUUGUGAUUGCUGGAUACAGUUGAACUGUGUUGUUGUUGUUGUUUUGUUGUGGAUAAUGAGGUGGAUUUUCAAAGCUUGCAGGGAGAUUUAUGCCGGUUAGAAGAAUGGGCUGAAUGUUGGCAGAUGGGAGUUUAAUGCUGAGAAGUGUGAGGUUCUACAUUUUGGCAGGAAUAAUCCAAAUAGAACAUGCAGAGUAAAUGGUAGGGCAUUGAGGAAUGCAGAGGGAUCUAGGAAUAACUGUGCAUAGUUCCCUGAAAGUGGAGUCUCAUGUAGAUAGGGUGGUGAAGAGGGCUUUUGGAACGCUGGCCUUUAUAAAUCAUAGCAUUGAGUACAGAAGUUGGGAUGUAAUGCCAUUGG